CAAGUUCUUCGGUGGACUGGAGCCUCCAUUCUUACGCCUCCUUGCGGCUCUAGGAUUUUCCUGGUUUGAGGAGGAAAAGAAAAUCAGGUGCAAAGAUGCUCACUCAGGUGCAGAGAUGUACAUCCAGCUCAGACCCCCUCCAGAGACUUUGUCAUGGUGGUACCACUCAGAAGGUGGCAGUACCUAUACGAAGGCCUCUAGUCUCCAACCUGAGGAAAACCAAGGAAAGGAGUACGUUCUGGGGCAUUGAAGUAGCUGAGACCCUCUACUGGUGUCGGUGGUAUCUGGGAAAAGAAUUCACGAAACAUUUAACUUUGAAAAACAUUUGUCUGAAAACUCAGAAGCUGAGGUUCAGACCACCUACUACACGUUUCUUCAUCACUGUUUUCCCACAGCCAAUUAUUCUGAGCCCUGGAAUGUCCUUAACUUUGCCCAUUAUUUUCCGACCUUUGGAAAAGAAGGAGUAUGAAGAUAGCAUCCUGUUUGAAAAACCAGAGGGGGAAUUCUCUGUUGCAUUAUAUGCUAAGCUGCCACGCUUCAGCUUGCUUUUCCCAGACAGCAUUCAGCUCCCCUUCUGUGCUGUUCAUGACUGUACAAAGGCUGCAUUUAUCCUGCACAAUGAUGGGGAUGUAUAUACGUGCUUUAACUGGGAAGUGCCAACCCCUUUUAACUUUAUUCCUUCCCAUGGCAUGUUGGAUCCAGGUCAGGAAUGCACAAUAAAAGUGAUCUUUCAACCUCAUGCAGCUCUGGUGCAUGAUGUGUCAGCAACAUGCAGCUUCGGAGAUAAUCAGGAGCAGAAGCCCAUGAGACUGACAGCUGUUGCCAAAUAUCCCCACCUGCUGGUGAAAGUGCCAGAAGAUGCAUGUGAAGAUGCUGGGCAUAGACAUUUCAGGGAUGUGCUCUGCUUUGGCUCUGUUGCUGUUGGCAGCACUGCAGAAAGAUACGUGGAAAUCUGCAAUCUAUCUGUGGUUAAAGCUCCAUUCCGGAUUGAAAGAUCAAAGGAAUCAAUGCUUCGUGAUUGUGACUUCUCUUGUGGUGUGACCCAAGCCACUGUUUCAGCUGGUGGGAAGCUUAUCAUCCCCUUGCAUUUCAGGCCACAUAUCGUGGGUAUGAAGAAUGUGGACUAUUUCACUGUUGCACCUGCUGGGAAUGUGACACAUUCUGUGCUGAAGGUGACAGGAUCAUGCAAAGGUCCUGGGGUUUCUCUUCAGCAUCCCUUUGUCUACUUCAGCUGCAUUAACCUUGGAGAGAGUCUAACUCAGCCCUUAAACAUCACCAAUACUUCUGAUGUCCCAGCCUUUUAUCAGUUUGACAUUGACAGCAGACAGAGUAUCUUUUCUUUUGACCACCCUUGUGGAAUCUUGGCUGGGAUGUCCACUAUUACACUGAAGGUGACCUUCCAGCCUACCUAUCCAAUGAUUUAUUACAGACGUGUGGUUUGCCUUGUACAUCACCAGGAUCCAUUGUUCCUAGAUUUGUUGGGAACCUGCCACUCAGACACAAUGAAACCAGAAAUUCUGAAACUGAAGGAUCUUACAAGAUAUAGGACACACAUGGCCAGAGGACUGACCUUUUACCCACCAGAUGUACUGAGUACUAUGCUGAGGGAGCACAAACUGCUGGUAGAUGAAAAUGGAGCCCUCACACUCCCACCAGAGAUGCUGGAGGAUAAGCCACCUGAGGAAUAUCCUUCUCUUGAUCCCAUGGUUGAAUAUUUCCAUGAUGGUGUAAGCAGUGACCUCACUGUUUUUCCUCCUCAUGUUAACCUGAGCACCAAGGAGUUUGAUUUUGGCUGCUGUGCAAAGCUUCAAAACAUACAGCCGCUUCCUCUUUGCCUGACCAAUUGCACAAAAGGAAAGAUCACUAUCAAAUGGACAAACAAGCCAGAGAGUCCCUUCCAGGUGGCCCCAGAGAGCUGUGACAUCCCACCUCUAAAAUCUAUGGCUUUCUGUGUCACUUUCCAGCCUCCUCAGCUCAACUCUUUAUAUGCAGCAGAACUAGAAGGGUUUGCCUUCUACAAGGUAUUGCGGCACUACAACAAUAUUGAAGAGCCCAUCACCAUGUGUCCAUCCUGGAACUUCACCAUCCGCCUGCGUGGACACACUUUUGAACCUUGGCGACAGCAUUUCAUUCCACAGUAUACUUUGGACUGCAACAAGGUCUUUCCUCCAGUAUGCCAGAAUACUACCACAUAUUGCAGUAUGCUACUCUGCAACACAGGCACCACUGCCAUAAGCUUCAGCAUGAACCUGGAGAAUUGCCCUUCCAUCCUGGUCAAGCCUCACUCUGGGUUUAUUCCACCUGGAGCACACCAGAUCUUCAUCUUCUCAACCUGUCCACAGGAAACAUCUGUGCAGCAGCACAGCUUGUCCCUGCACCUCAACUCCUCUCCAUCAUUCACAAAGGAAAUCAUUCUCCAAAGCAGUGCUGAGCCCCUUUCCCUACUCUUAGAAGGUGACGGCAGCCUCUAUUUCAAACCCACAUGUGUGGGUCUCUCUUCCUCAUGCACCUUCACUAUAAAGAACUCUACCCGGCUACCCAUGUUCUUCAGGUGGAAGAUCCACCAGUCUGACAAAAAACGACUAUCUGUCCAGCCUGCUGAAGGGACUAUUCUGCCCAAUGAAGCUUUGGCUCAGACAUGGACCUUCAGUCCUAGUGAGGAGAUCAAAUAUCUUCUGCGGACUUGGGUGAUGGUGUGGAGAGAUCAAGAGAUACUGGAUGACAAGGCCCCAGAGAGUGUUCGUUAUCCAUUGCGGGUUAUUGGUGAGGGAGCACUGGCCACCAUAACAGCACAAGAGGAGCAGCUGGAUGUUGGUAGUAUCUUGGUUGGCAAAACACAGUCAUGUGAACUUGUGUUAUUAAAUAAUGGGAGCUGUUCCCUAAAAUAUGUACUCAGUGUGGAGCAGAAGAUCACUGGACCAUGUGCCCCUGAAGAAGUUGCAAAUGACCCACUAGCAAUAGAACUUGACCACUACAGAGGAACAAUUCCUGCCCGGGGAAAGAUAUUGUUGCGAGCAACUCUUAGCCCAGCCCGUCGGUUGCACUACACUUGGACAGUCUUCUAUGCCCUCUUCCCUGUGAAAGCCAUGGAGCUUCUUGGGGGAAAGCAGCCAGUCUGUAUUGUGACAGCAACAGGCACCUAUCCAUUCAUCUGCAUCUCUGAUGCUUGUGGGACAGGCAGUGCCCGUGGCAUCAGCAAGCUGCACCUUUGGCGGCUUCUCUCUCUUGAAACUCUGAAUAAGUAUCUGGAGCGAGAUCCAACUGCGCAGGAGCUUACCUUCAGAGUGCCUACCAGGCACAGCACGCAACGAAUCCCCCCUGUUUACACACCUGUCAUGCUGGAUUUCAAUUUUGGUGCUGCUCCUGUCAGAAGUGAGCCCUCUACGGUGGUGCUAAUGCUGCAAAACAAUGGGGAGAUGCCUGUGAACUGGACAUUUCUGUUUCCUUCUGACCAGAAGAUUGACAUGGAAUACUGGGCAGAAAGUGCUGAGUUUGACCCCAGUGAGCUGCACCAGAUGCGGAUCCAGGAUAACCAACUUUUUAGUAUCUGUCCCAAGGCAGGAAAUCUUCUUCCAGGGCAAGAGCAAUCUAUACAUCUAUCCCACAGACAUGAUUUCAUUGGUACUGACCGACUCCCAGUGCUGUUGAAGAUCGACCAUGGUCGAGAAAUUCUGCUGAAUUUUAUUGGUGUGACAUUGGACCUAGAGCGUCACUACAUUCACUUCACUUCAACCAAGCAUGUAUUCACACCCAUUGCUAUUGGCACCUGUGACCCCCCUAAACAGAUCUAUGAACUGUACAAUGGAGGUUCUACAAAAGUAGUUUAUGAAAUCCAGGUGGAUGCUUUGAUGAAAGUUCAAGAAGAAAAUUACCAGCAUGCAGUGUUUGUCUGUUUAAGGCCAAAAGGAGAGAUUGGUCCAGGCUUGACUGCUCAUACUGAGUGGAUCUUUUCCCCACUGGAAGCCAAAAUGUAUUCAGUGGAUGUGCCUAUCCAUAUCCUUGAGGGAGACUCUGCUCUGAUCACCUUCCAGGGAAUAGGCUAUGAUCCACAUGUUAUGAACGAGGCAGCACAGUUUGAUACAAUGGUAUCUCCUGUCACAGCACCAGGAUCUGCAAAAUUAACAGUGCCUAGAUUGACAGUGUAUUUAUCUCAGCCUCGGAUUUGUUUUGGCAACAUCCCAGUUUACAGCAAAUGCAGCCGCCUCUUCUUUCUCAACAACACUUCUGAGAAGGAGGCAAUCGUUUUUACUUGGUACACUGGGACUGCAAAUGCCACAGUGGUGUUGAACGUUGUUCCAAAGACAGGAAUCGUUCCAGCUGGGGAGAGCACCCAUUGUGUUCUCACACUGCACACGAGUGAAAACCCUUGCUUCUACAAUGUUGAUCUGGUCUGUGAGAUUUUCACACAGAAGCCACUAGAUCAGUAUGAAAAAGAGCUGAAAGAAUGGGAAACUGAGAAGGCACGACAGGCUGUGGAGUUCAUCAUCACAGCGAAGGAUCUGAACUUGAAGAAGAAUGUAAAAGAAUGUGGAAAGAGGUCUUCAAAAUCCUUGGAGUCAGCAAAACCCUCUAAGCUACUUACAGAGAUCCGGAAAUACAAGACUCUUCCCCCCAUUAAAAACAACAGUGUGCCCAACUUGCCUGCCAGCCAUAGCCAGAGGAGACAAAUGAGGCAUACAGAGGCCGAAAAGUUGUGGGCCAAGCCAGAGCCCCCCCUGCCCUUCCUCAUGCAUUUGGGUGUUACAGCCAGAUCUCACUCAGUUGAUGAUUUCUUGAACAACUUCCCUGGUGAGCUGCCCCAGCAUUUCCUUUACCGCCAACUUAAGAAGACAACGCCAAGAAAUAAUGCUUCAGAUAAAACACCUCUGAAUAAUAGCAGGAGCAUGCGACGAACCACAUUGGUUCCAAACUGGCAGGAACUAGCAAACUGUUCAAAACAGGAGGCACAGCUAGUGACAGAUGUGCUGUCUACAGUUAUCAAAGGUUUGCUGGAGGAGUCCCAGUUUCACGAGGCAGUGGUGAGGAGUAUUGCAGAGCCCACACCUUACUUCUGUCAGUUUUGGAGUGAGGAGUCUGCCAAACUGCAUAACAAGAAGCAGAGUUCUGGUACCUCCCCUACAACUCCUUCCCCAGAGGUCAGCACUAAGGACAGGAGAGAAGAUGAAAACACUAGCAGAGGUGAAGUAUCUCCUUCAGGGACUUCAGAUGCUGCAGAGAGCCUGAGUACCAUCAUUCGCAAGGAACAUUUCCGAGAGCAGAGAGAAGCUAUUAUCAGGAUGCCGGCAUAUACAAAUCUGACAGAAUUGGUACUGGACAAUGCCAUUCAGAACAUUCUGGUAGAGGCCAGUUGUGGUGAGGUGGUGCUGACUUCACAGCCCAGAAUUAUUGCAAUCCCUCCUCUUGUCUGCCAAAAAGGUAUCAGUUCUGCUGAGUCCUGCUACAGACCGACUCUAUCUGAGCCCUUGAUAGCACCACUGAGCUGUACCCCCAGUGAGAUGAAGGAUUCUGAUAGGCAGCGGCACAUUAGCGUGCCUUCCUAGGAGCCUGACAAACUCGGAUAUCAUCCAAGGCCAGUAUUUGCAGCAGCCUAACCUGCGUGUGAGCCAUAACCAUCCUAGAAACCUGCCUCUUCCAUCAAAGGAGAAAUGACUUGCAGCAGUUCAAUGUGGACCCUGCCCUUUUGCAGCAAAGGAAGACAGUUCCAGUUGUGUCAUAUGAGACAAGAGUACCAGUUUUUUUUUUUUAAUUAAGAUAACCGUUUUCAUCUCUGCAAGUUUUCUGUGUGUUUCCCUCCAGCAGGGGGCAAUAUAGGCUUUUUCUUCUCUGGUCUUUCAGUGGUGUAAAUUCAGCAGGAGAUAGCGCAAGGCAUUUUCCGUGCUUACAAUAAUGUAAUGUUUCAGCAAAACAUGCAAGCCACGUAGCCAUGUUGAACACUAGGAACCAAAAAUCUGAAUAAGACACUCUUGGAGAUAAGCCAGCUGUUGUAUCUAACACAUGCUCACAGUGCAACUGACCAAGGAACAGAACAUGAAUUGAAAGACCCAUUUAUCCCAAAUUUCUUUUCUGGCCUUCAACAGCCAGUGGUUUAUAAACAUUGAACAUGAAAUUCUACGAUGUUGGAGCCAAAAAUAAUUAAAAAGUUAAACUAACACAGCCUCACUGAAUGCCACACAUCAUCAGGUUUUUGCCCCAUUGAGUUCAGCGCCUUUGCAGCAGCAGCACUACCGUUCAGUGUGCUGUAGGGUUUAUGGAUAGCACCAGAACACACUUUAAGCUGUUCAACCCACAUUCCUCUUUGUAGUUAAGCAACCUGCUCUCCAAUCUAGUGAGACAUCUGUACUAAAAGCCUUUUCCUGGUGGCAGCAAGUCCCAUAGAUAAAAUUGUGAAUUGGGUGGGGAAAGUAGUUCAUUUUAACUAAAAACCAUCAUUUUUCAUCACAUGCUCCAUAGUUUUACCACUAGAUACCACAUACAUUUCUUUUUACUAUGAGAUAUACUCCUAUUAGAGGAAUUACUGUAAGCUAGGGUUGGACAGACUUUAGGACCAAGAGGGUUUUUUUUUCUUUUUUGUCAGAGCUUCAAGGUCUACCAGCUGGUGACAGUUGAGAAAAGGCCCCUUCGAAGGGGUGGACCCAGUUACAAAAUGGUUCCCCUGAAGGCACAGAUAGUUACCUGGUAGACCACGUGAGCCAAACCUUGGGGUAUCUGACUAUACAGGCACAACUUCACAUCAAGUCAGUACCCAUUGGGGAUUCCAACAUCAAAGUCUAAAGCUGCUACAGAACUGCUCAGAGGCAGCCAAUAAAUAUUACCAUUUUACAUGCACAUUGAAAAUGUGUAAUUGAUGCUGAAAAUGUGUUAAGGGCUCAUUGCUAUAUGUUAUGUUAGGCUCCAAGUCCCUAGAGUCUGGGGCUGCAGUACCCUCCAGUGUUGUUCUGAGGCAGGCCACAGGAGGUACAUCCAUGGCUGGGUUAGGAGGGGGUUUAAACUCACCGAGGCCCCCAUCUCUUCCCUGCCAGUGAGGUAGAGGUCUGGCCCGUCCUCCUUGGCUGCCCUGGGUCCUGCUUUUCGAAAGAGCUCCUGGAGGCAAACAGCCCUGCAACAUGAGGCAGGGCUUUGUGGGGUGUGACCAAUAGAGGAGGCUGGGUCCCCAGUGCAGGCCUUCUCCCUUGCUGUAAAUUUUCCCACUUAUUCAAAUGGACUCCUCCUCCUCGGCCUGUGUGGGUCCAAGAAGGGUAGGGACACUGCCAGCCCGGACUGUGAGGUUGCCAGCAGGUGUGGUUCAGCCACAGAAACUCACUUCCCUGCUGUGUCAUGUGGUGGGCAUGGCUGGCUUGGGGAAUAUCUCAGGCACACUUCCCUAGUCUGUGGCUCACCUGGCUCUUUCUCUCCUGGUUUCAGACAGGGCCUGAGCCCUUAAGAUGCCAAGGCUGCCUUGGCCAUCAACAGAGCCUGCACUACCUACCUGAGAGUCCCCUUCAGCCCCAGUAAGUUCAGGGGCAGAGCCUCAGGCCCCAG